CGCACACCGGGGCUACUUCCUGCCUGAGUGCCUCUGCAAAUCUGAGUGUGUCUCUGCAAGAACCACAGGGAGGAUCAGCUGGCAGCUAGAGGGCUUUAAACAAUUGCAAGAAAACGGGCAAAGUGCGCGCAAUGCAAUCACGUCCAGAUCUUGAGGGGCUUUAGGAAUCACAGUGAGGAGAUUGCACUAUCUGCUGUGGAAUAUCGCAGGCAGCUUCCUGACAACCCUUGAGGUUAACCCUGCAGAGUGCCCGUCGGAGAUGCUGCCCAUGUAGACAGACCAGGUUUCUGGGCAUUCCGACAUGAACAGACCAGAGGUGGCGCAGGAGACGGACGAGGAACCGGGGAGUGAGGACGUGAACGAGGCAGUGGAAGCUGACCUCCAGCACUCGGAGGAGGAGGAGGAGGAGGAGGCUGGGCGCCGCGGCAACCGCAAGCGAGGAGGGCGGGUGCGCCCGUUGGACGAGGAGGGCACCUUGGCCAGGUCGGCCAGCACCGAGAGCGGCUUCCACAACCACACGGACGGGGCCGAGGGCGACGUGAUCUGUGCGCACGGUGACCCCUACGGGUCCCGGGAGAGGCUGCAGGACAACGGAGAGGAGGACGAGCGCUCCUACGCCGUGCACUGCCGGCCAGAGGCGGAGGAGUACACUGAGAACGCAGAGUCAGAGCACGUGGAAGCUGCUGACAGCCGGACUCUCCCAAACGUCUCGCAGUUCAGUAUGGUGGACCGCGAAGGGGUUCUGAGCUCGGCCUACUCGGGGUACGUUUACAGCCACCGCCCGUUCCACCGCGGUGAGGAGGAACAGUACGCUGAGCCCUACGACGACUAUGCAGCUCAGGAGCACGUUUAUGAGGAGAUUGGUGACACGCCCGAGCUGGACGGUGGGGAAACGCUCCGGCUGUACGAGCAAGAGAGGGAGCAGGCUGAGCACUACCGCAAGGAGGCUCUGGGGGCCAGGCUGCACCACUAUGACGAGCGGUCGGACAAUGAGUCGGACAGCCCUGAGAAGGAGGCCGAGUUUGCUCCCUACCCCCGGAUGGAUAGCUACGAGCAAGAGGAGGACAUUGACCAGAUCGUCGCAGAAGUGAAGCAGAGCAUGAGCUCCCAAAGCCUUGACCAGGGCUGUGAGGAAAUGCCAGAGGCCGAACAGAACUCAGAACGUGGCGUCGCCCUGGGCAGCGGGCAGGAGGCUGACGAUGUCAUGUCUGCGCUGAAUUCCCGGUCCCUGUCUUCCACAGGCCUGGGAGAGUCUGUGAGGCACACCAGAGAACAAAGGGAUGCCAUUUCUUUAGCUAUUAAGGACAUCAAGGAAGCAAUAGAAGAAGUAAAAACCAGAACCGUCCGAUCGCCUUACACCCCAGACGAGCCAGCAGAACCCAUCUGGGUUAUGCGACAAGAUAUUAGCCCGACAGCAGAAUGUGAAAACCAGCUGGUGAUGGAAGGAGAUCAGUCAGCCUCACCUGGCUCCUCUUCCCCCCGAGGCGCAGAAUCAUCAAUGAUGCAGCAUCGAUCCAAUAUACAUGAUGCAGCAGAAACAUCAGCGAACCAAGAGGAAUUGUCUCCCUUAUUGGAGUCCUCUUUCAUGGCUCAGUCAAGAAAGUGUUUGGCUUCCUUUCCAACUUAUGUUGAAGUACCUGGACCAUGUGACCCAGAAGACCUGAUCGAUGGUAUCAUCUUUGCAGCCAACUACCUGGGCUCCACCCAGCUGCUGUCGGACAAAACCCCAUCCAAGAACGUGCGGAUGAUGCAAGCCCAGGAAGCAGUCAGCAGAAUCAAGAUGGCCCAGAAAUUGACCAAAAACAGGAAGAAGGCAUCUGAAGGAGAGGGCCAGCCCAUGACUGAAGUUGAUCUCUUCAUCUCAACUCAGAGGAUUAAGGUGCUGAAUGCUGACUCGCAGGAAACUAUGAUGGACCAUCCCUUACGGACUAUUUCGUACAUCGCAGACAUUGGGAAUAUUGUUGUGCUGAUGGCACGUCGACGUAUGCCUCGAUCCAAUUCCCAGGACAGUGUGGAAGCAUCUCACCCUUCCCAUGAUGGGAAGAGGCAGUACAAGAUGAUCUGCCACGUCUUUGAGUCAGAAGAUGCCCAGUUAAUAGCUCAGUCCAUAGGCCAGGCCUUUAGUGUCGCUUACCAGGAGUUCUUGCGAGCGAACGGCAUUAAUCCUGAAGAUUUGAGCCAGAAAGAAUACAGUGAUCUCCUCAACACUCAGGACAUGUACAAUGAUGACCUGAUUCACUUUUCCAAGUCGGAAAACUGCAAGGAAGUUCAUGUUGAUAAGCAGAAAGGUGAAAUAUUGGGUCUGGUCAUUGUUGAGUCUGGUUGGGGCUCCAUACUCCCUACUGUAAUUAUUGCAAACAUGAUGCACGCCGGCCCAGCAGAAAAGUCUGGGAAGUUGAACAUCGGGGACCAAAUCAUGUCUAUCAAUGGCACCAGCCUGGUGGGACUCCCAUUGUCUACCUGUCAGAGCAUCAUAAAGGGUUUGAAGAACCAAGCUCGUGUGAAACUGAACAUUGUGCGAUGCCCACCCGUCACUACAGUACUUAUUAGAAGACCGGACCUUCGCUAUCAGCUGGGUUUCAGUGUCCAGAAUGGCAUUAUAUGCAGCCUUAUGCGAGGAGGAAUUGCAGAGCGUGGUGGUGUGAGAGUUGGUCAUCGGAUCAUUGAAAUCAAUGGGCAAAGUGUCGUUGCAACGCCUCAUGAAAAGAUAGUCCAUAUUUUGUCCAAUGCAGUUGGUGAGAUUCACAUGAAAACAAUGCCUGCUGCCAUGUACAGGCUGCUGACUGCGCAAGAACAACCAGUUUACAUCUGAAAGGGCUGUUACAAUGACCCAGUGUGCAAAGUGGAUAUGUCUGUGUGGUUUGACUGUGUUAAUCAUUGCUUCAUUGCUGCACUCCUGCAGCGUCAGAAACUACAAUAUUUUUUAUUUAAACAUGCUUGGUUUGACAAAAAUCUGUUGAAAAAUCUUUGAUGCCUUUCAGAGAUGCAGCUUUGUGUGGUUUAUAUAGAAAUGAACAUAAAUAUAUUCCCACAGACUAAUUCUCAGUAAUCCACAAAUAGACAAAAUAACUGGGCACCUAUAAAGUUUGAUGUUAUUUAAGAGAGAACCUUUCACAGUAAUCAUUUCAGCACCAUUGAAGAUGUCAUUAGGAAACAUUAUUUAACCUAAAAGAACUGACCAUGAGCAUUUAGAAAGUUAUGAAACUUGCUCUAAUAAGAAUGACUCAAACAUGCAAAUUUUCAUUGCUAACAUUUUUUUAAGAAACAAACAUUCCCACUAUCAUUCCUCAUUUAUUUAUGGUUACUUCCCUGAGACAUUCCCCAUACAUUGUUGUUUAAAGUAGUUGUUAUUUUGAAAAUAUUAAUUGGUUUUGUUUUCUUCUAUUUCAAUACUUUUAAAGCCAUACACUGUGUGAAGCUAAGAUCAUUCCAUUGACUCCAAGUUGUCAAAUAAAAGGCUCUGGGACAUAAUUAUCUUUGUUAAUUUUAACAAAUCUUUAGCUGAGAUUAUAAAAUGGGGAACACUAUUUUAUACUCAGGUCUACUUUCUUUUUCUGUAAGCAUAAAAAUCAGCAAAGAGAGGCAAAUAUCCCCCCCCCAUCAACUAUGUUUACAUAAUUCCUUCAUCUGUAGCUACUGUUUGUCAACAUUAAUUUGAAACUACAUUGGCACAUUGUGGUUAAGCUAAUGUUGUGUUUUGCAAUGAGGGCGGUAAGAAUAGUUUUGAACAGAGGUUUUUUCUGGUUAACUUAAAAAUAUGAUAAUUGUGAAUAAUAUUUUUACAUCAGGCACCCUACCUUCACAUUCUGCAACAAUGUUUGCAGCCUAAAAUCUCAUUACUUAACUCCCAGCAUGGUAGAUGUGGGCAAAUAAUUCUGUGUAGCAAAUUUUACUUGCAAACUCCUGCCGCUCAAGUGGAGAAAAGGCUAGGAUUUAGCCAUUCUUUCAUCCUUUUAACUCUGAAAGCAUCGAUUUCACACAGAAAAGACAGCACUCCGCUUAAAUUCAUUACUUAAAUAUGUUUAAAUGCCUGUACAGUGCUGCAGGAUCAAUAGUUGCCAGGUUUGCAGUGCUGCGCCCUUAUUUGGCGGCCUGCACUUUAUAGUCUAAAAUUUCUAUUUGAUGAGGACACAUUUAGUUAGCCACAUUGAUAUUUCUGUGGAAGAAGUGACUUUGAAUUGUACAAGGUGUCUUUUCACAGCAAGACUUCACACACCACAGAAGCAGAAAAUACGAAUCUUAAUCUGUGCAGCAAUUCAAUGUGAGAAUAAGUUUAGCCAAAACUGGGCAGUAAGUGUUAGGUACUUAAAACCACAGGGUUCAUUUUCUGAAGGAGGGUCUAGACCCGAAAUGUCAGUCUUCCUGCUCCUCUGAUGCUGCUUGACCUGCUGUAUUCAUCCAGCUCCACAUCUUGCUAUCUCAGAUUCUCCAGCAUCUGCAGUUCCUACUAUCUCUGGGUACGUUUCCAUUUGAUUAAGGUGAGCAUGAGGUCUAUUUAAGAGUGUUGUUUCGUAUCCCAUCAUCGCUAGUUUCACAGUCAUUGACAUCAUGGUAAUGGAACAUCUUGUUUCGUUCCUCAUCUAUGGAAUUAAGUGAGACCAGAAUAGUUUAUGAAUGAGCAUCCUGGAAUAGUCAAGGUUCACCCCUGCUUCAGAUCAGUAUCUCCCUGUUUACAUGCAAGUCAAAAAUGCUAACCUCACCUACAAACCUGUCAGACUCUGUAGCAUCAUUACUUGAAGUAAUUAUAGUGGCAUGGCACAAACCAAUGGGUUUCACUCAUUCAGUGACUUGGGUGUUAAUAUUUAUAAUCAAGUACCUGCAGCUGCCGAUGUGAACUUAAUGUAAAUACCUUACACAACCCUAGAACAUAACUUUUUUGUCCAGUGGUGCAAUAGCAAAUAACAUUAAACAUCAGGAAGCUAUAAUGAUACAAUGUAACAAAGCUGUUCCUUGUAAAGUUAUGUCAACUAAUGUGUGUCGGGUGUUAAUUAUGAUUGUUGGAAUAAUGCACUUCUCAUGAAUGUAAUUCCUAUUCCAGUGUUUGUUUUGUCACAAGUUCAGUUUUUUUGUGUUUAUGAUACAGCUACAAUAUUUGUUUAUUUAUUUUGCUGUUAAGGAUAUAUUUUGGGGUUGGGGAAGGGGAGCAACGGGGAAGAGAGUGGCGUGUCGAAUGAUUUACAUUUCUGUUCCUGUUUUUCCAUGUUUAAAACAAAAGAAAUUCCAAAAACUUGUUGCAGUGGGUUAAAUAAUGGUUAUUCAGUUUUUAAAAGAAGUAAAUGGUUUGUAAGCUUAAUCAGACAAUAUAUAAAUACACUGUAUACAUAUAUACAUUCUAACUGGGUUUUGGGGAAGGGGGGAAGAUUGUCUUCAGAGUGGGGUCAAUAUUAACUCUUUGGGAGUGACCAACUGAGUCAGGUGAUCAGAGUCAAAGAGACUGAAGCUGACUUGAAGUCUCAGCGUCCUUUAAGUCAAUUUGGGGAAUGUGGACUGCCAAGGUGUUGCUUUAAAAUGGUCCUUUGAUUCGGGUAGGUGCAGGAGGAAAGGGGCCAAGGGGGGCAUUGGUAAAAAGAGGAAGUCAGGAUGGUUUCUAUGAGUUUUAGAGGUGCCCUUCCCUUAACCCCCCCCCCCCCGCCCUUCUUUGUCACCAGUGUCUAGUCCAGGAAUCCUCCAUCUCUGCUCUAAAGUAGCAACUGGGGUCCCAUAUAUGUUACAGUAUACCAGUGGUCAUAUUUAAAGGAGCCAGUUGGCUCAAUAAGGUCAGUUGGCUGACUGAGGCUGUGGGGGGGGAGGGUAGAGAAUGUGAGAGUGCCUUCUGAAAGACGUGUUUUUUUAAAAACUCCCGAGGUUGCUGACCCUGACUUCAAGGAUUGAUCUCCAGGUAACUGCUACAAUUGAGAAACCAUUGGUUGGGGGUGGGGGGGGGGGGCGUGGAGGGGGAGGAGGACCAUUGAAUAAAUAAUUUUACUUGACAUUUUGUUUGAAUUACUAGUUGGAACAAUCUUUGUUUGACAGUGUGGUGAUGAGUGCUAAAGAUCUCCGGGAACUUUGCAGUUGGCUGUCCACAAACCAGCAAGUAGUGAGGCUGAUUUCAGAGAGUUAACAUCGACCCCAAGGAGUUUAGAUGUGACUGAGCAGAGCAAAAUGACAGUGUUCUUUGUAUCCUAUUGAAACCUAACUUAUUCUCAGAGAGAAAACACACACACUGUUCAUUAUAUAUGACAGAUAUGAAAUAUAUGUAUUUUGACAGUACAAAGCAAAUGAGAAUGGGAGCGGGAGAGGGGAGAAUGAAACUUUGAAAGAUGAGUCUGUAUUCCAUCCCUUCUCCCUCCUUUGAAUGUGCAUUGGAUAAGAUAUACUAGAGUGAUGACAAAAAAAAACUGCAUUGUGUGUGCAGGCAACGCACAGCAAUUGACGACAUUCUAUCAAUUCAGUUUGAAUAAAAGUGUUUUCUCAAGUCUAAGUGAAAAGUGCCCAGCAGGUCAGGCAGUGUCUGUAUGGAGAGAGAGCGAGGGGAGCAGAGUUAAUGUUGCAGGUUGGGUGGCCCUUUCCUCUGAACUGAAAGCAAUGAGUCCAGCUUGUUCUGGUUUUAUGUCAAGUUUCCAGCAAUCUGCAGACUACAGGGUGGGGUGUGGGGCUUUGAUUUCAGGCAAGGUUCUUUCAAGGAAGGACCAAAUAAAGCAUUGUUUCGUUUCAGUCCACAGAUUGCAGUGCAGUGUAUUUGAGACAAAGCGGUACCACACGACAGCACUGAACUGAUCUCUUCACAGUGAAUUCAGUGUGUUUCUUUAGAGGAGGUGGAAGGGGCACAUACCCCCACCACCCACCAGGAGUUAAUUUCAGACCUUCACUGUAUUGGUUCUUCAUGGCCUCCCAUGUCUCUACUGUGACUGACAAUUCCACAUGUUGCCUCUCUGUAGCUGCCGUGCUGUGUGUUGCAUGUAUUUACCUCUGUAACAGAUUGUGUUCUGGCACCUUAAGCACAGGGCACGUGUCUCGCAACUCUGACCAAUAAAGUCUACCAGAAACCAA